AUAACGUUGACGAUACCGGUCCUUAUUUCCCGCUUGCGUAUUGACGCGACGUGCAUUCUAUGCAUGCGCGUUUGGGCCAGUCGCACUCCGCACGUGACUUAAGUCGGUCAGCUGUUCCGUCGUCGAGCAGACAGGCGCACCAUCGCGCAACGUCAUGUCGCUCCGGAAUGAGAAUUACAGCGUCGACAUAGCAGGCUUGCGGAUAAAAUACAAGGAUAAAAACGAGACUUUCACGGAGGAUAAUUUAAUUAGCAAAGAGCCUAUCGGGCAGUUCAAAGCAUGGUUCGACGAGGCGUGCAAUACACCACAAAUUUUGGAACCCAAUGCGAUGCUUCUUGCGACAGCAACGAGGAAUGGUAUACCAUCCGCGCGCAUGGUGUUGCUGAAAGGCUUCGGCAAGGAAGGCUUCAAGUUUUACACGAAUUACGAAAGCAGGAAAGGCCGCGAAUUAGCUGAAAAUCCGUAUGUCGCGCUGACUUUCUACUGGGAAUCUCUUAGACGAAGCGUACGCGUCGAGGGUAUCGCGGAGGAAACCUCGGCGGAAGAUUCGGAUCGUUAUUUCCAAAGCCGACCAUACGCGAAUCAGAUCGGGUCCACAGCCAGCAAACAAAGCAGCGUGAUCGCCAGCAGACAAACACUCAUUGUAAAAGAAAGGGAGCUGCUCGCGACAUUCCCUGAGAAUCAGGUUAAAAGACCCGCCUGCUGGGGCGGUUAUCUCGUCGUGCCACAUUCCGUAGAAUUUUGGCAAGGUCAGAGCGAUCGUCUUCACGACAGAAUUCAUUUCAGGCGUCCGAAAACGAACGAAAAGAUAGACAACGUUCUCGUGCACAGAGGAGAGGACGGAUGGGUUUACGAGAGACUCUCGCCAUAGAAAGAAAACGUUUAUUGACAAAGUGAACGCCUCGGUGAACGCUAAGGCUUGGCAAUGUGCUCUUUGCGCAUUGGCUACAAAACAGGAGUAUUCUAUUUUAAAAAAUUUGCAAGUUGGCACAUUGUACAUACAUUAUACACUGUAUGUAUAUUGUCGACAAAUUUAAUCUUUUAAGCGUACUGAUUUACUUACAAUAUAUGAAAUAAAAUGCCUUUAAUCACAAAGAGCAUACUGUUAGGCUCAAAUCUUGCGUACACUAGGAAUCGCCGAUGCCUUUCCGCAUGAAUUUGUGCACAUAUCGACACAUACUAAUUUGCAUAUACAUGUAAAAUGUAUACGUAUUCUACUGUGCUUAAAUUCAUACGAAAAGGUAUCAGCGAUUCCUAGUCUACACGAAAAAAAAAAUGAAACAAAUCUCGCCGCGGAAGGAUCGCUGCUGAUUACUGCAACAUUCCGAGCCGACACGCACUUGAUAAUUAUACGAAGACAAUAAUAUUAUACACCAGACGUGUGAUAAUCUUGAUGCGAUUUCCACGUGAGCUUCAGAAUUUCUCUGUUCACUCCUGAAAUGUAUACAGUCGAUAUUGUCGAAGCGACGAAAGAGAAAUAUAUUUACAAUCAAGCGUCAA